AUGUCAGCAAGAAACAGGCAGGGAGAUAUCUCGAAAGCGCCGACUCCCCAGAACACGCCAUCGUCGGUAACCACUUCAUACUUACGGUCCCAACCCCCAAAUGUGUCCACGAUUACUGAGGAGGAUUCGUCCAAACUUGGUGGCCAGCUCGCCAACAACCCCGCGUUAUUAUCGAUGAUUCAAGGUAAGCUUGGAACUUUGGUGGGCAAACAGAGCGGAUACAUCGACUCGUUGCCCAAAGCCGUCAAGCAAAGGGUUCUUGGGUUGAAAGCGGUGCAACAAAAACAGUUGGCUUUGGAAGCAGAGUUCCAAAAGGAGUUGUUGGAGUUGGAAAAGAAGUAUUUUAAGAAGUACGAACCAUUGUACGAGAGAAGAAAGAAGUUUGUGAACGGUGAUGCCGAACCCACCAAGGAAGAAGUUGAGGAAGGUGAAGCGUUGAACGAAAAUGAUGAAGACGAAGAAGAUGACGAAGAGGAAGAAGAACAAGAUGCCGAAGAAGAAGCACCCUCGGGUGUUCCUGGGUUCUGGCUCACGGCGUUGGAAAACCUUCCCACCGUAUCGGAGACCAUAACCGACAGAGACAGCGACAUUCUUCAGAGCUUGGUUGAUGUGCGCAUGGAGUAUUUGGACACUCCCGGUUUCGAAUUGAUUUUUGAGUUUGCCGACAACGAGUACUUUAGCAACCACAUUCUCACCAAGACUUACCACUAUCAGGCGGAAUUGGGGUACUCGGGAGACUUUGUAUACGACCAUGCCGAUGGGUGCGAAAUCAACUGGAAACUGAGAGAAAUGAAUGUCACCAUCAACAUCGAGCGGAGAAAGCAACGGAACAAGACCACCAAGCAAACGCGUACCAUCGAGAAAUUGACUCCAGCCGAAAGCUUCUUCAACUUUUUCGAUCCUCCAAAGCCUCCAGCCAAGGAUGAGCAAGACGAAGAGGAGGAAGAUGAAGAAGACGAAGAAGAUGACGAUUUGGAAGCACGUUUGGAGUUGGACUACCAGCUUGGAGAGGAGAUCAAGGACAGGUUGAUUCCAAGAGCAGUAGACUGGUUCACUGGCGAUGCGGUGGAAUUUGGGUACCCAGAUGAUUUCGAAGAUGUAGAGGAAUUCACCGAUGAAGAAGAAGAUGAAGACAGUGAAGGAGAAGAAGACGACGAGUCCAAGUCGAAGGAACAACCUCCUGAGUGCAAACAGCAAUAG